AUGGCACUCGUCGAGAGUCACGCCUCCAAGAGCGUCUUCCGCCAAGUGCGGGAGAACCCCUACAUCUUUGGUCUCUCCGCAUUUGCUUCCCUGGGCGGCUUCCUCUUUGGCUAUGACCAGGGCGUCGUGUCGGGCGUCCUCAAGAUGGAGUCUUUUGGCGCCCUCUUCCCGCGCAUCUACACGGACAGCAGCUUCAAGGGCUGGUUCGUAUCGACGCUGCUGUUGGCGGCGUGGUUCGGAUCACUCAUCAACGGGCCCAUCGCCGACCGAUUCGGUCGAAAGGGGUCGAUGUUGGCAGCCGUGGUGGUCUUCGUCCUUGGUUCCGCCCUCCAGGCUGCCGCCAGCACCACGGGCGUCCUCUUUGGUGGCCGGGCCGUUGCCGGCCUCGCGGUGGGGAUGCUCACCAUGAUUGUGCCCAUGUACAUGUCGGAGGUGUCGACGGCGGGCAUCCGAGGCACCCUCGUCGUGCUGCAGCAGUUGAGCAUCACCCUCGGCAUCCUCGUCAGCUACUGGCUCGAGUAUGGGACGCAAUACAUUGGUGGCACCCGCUGCGCACCGGAUAUCCCCUACACCGGCGCGGACUCUCAGUUCGAUCCGUACAACGACGUCGGCCCCAAUGGCUGCACGGGACAGAGCCACGCUUCCUGGCGUGUGCCGUUUGCGCUCCAGAUCGCUCCCGCCAUCGUCCUCGGCGUCGGCAUGAUCUUUUACCCCGAGUCGCCGCGCUUCUAUCUCAUGCGCAAGGACGAGGAUAAGGCGCUCAAGUCCCUGGCCAGAUUGCGCGGGGUGCAUCCGGACUCUGACGUGCUCCGCGAGGAGUAUCUCUCCAUCAAGGCCGAGGUCCUCUUUGACGAGUCCAUGGCCCGCGACAAGUUUCCUGGCAAGACUGGCGCCGCCUUGUAUCUCGCCCAAUACUCGUCUUUGGUGUCGACCUGGCCUGCGUUUCGUCGCCUCUUUGUGGGUUCGGGCACGAUGUUUCUGCAACAAUUCAUUGGCUGCAACGCUAUGAUAUACUACGCGCCGACGAUUUUCGGACAGCUUGGCCUCUCCGGGAAUGCCACGUCGUUGCUGGCGACGGGCGUGUAUGGCAUCGUCAACACACUCUCGACGCUCCCCGCGCUGUUCCUCAUCGACAAGGUUGGGCGGCGGCCCCUGCUCAUGUGCGGAGCGGUGGGGACGUUCAUCUCGCUGGUGAUUGUGGGGGCCAUCAUUGGGGCGUACGGGGACCUGCAGUCGCACAAGACGGCUGCGUGGACGGGCAUCGCCUUCAUCUACAUCUACGACAUCAACUUUUCCUACUCGUUUGCGCCCAUUGGCUGGGUGCUUCCGUCCGAGAUCUUCAACCUCGGCAACCGGUCCAAGGCCAUGGCCAUCACGACGAGCUGCACGUGGAUGUGCAACUUCAUCAUCGGGCUCGUCACGCCCGACAUGCUGGAGACGAUCAAGUGGGGCACGUACAUCUUCUUCGCGGCGUUUGCCCUGAUUGCGCUCGUGUUUGUCUACUUUAUGGUGCCCGAGACCAAGGGCAAGAGCCUCGAGGACAUGGACGUGGCGUUUGGCGACACGGCGGCGCACGAGGAGAAGGCGCGGCUGUUUAACAUUGCGGCGACGCUGGGCCUCACGGCGCCAGUGCCGGACGAGAAGAUUGUGGCGGAGGCGGAGGAGCAUGAGUGA